AGGAAACAGAAGGGGAUAGAUCCGGUACAAGGUGAGAAGCACGUGCCAUAUGGAGGGCUGUUGUUGAUGCCGUCAGCAUGUUGUUUACCGUGACUCCAGUCACUCCACGCUAUUUAACGCCUUCACUGCGCCCGACCAAUGUCCUUUCUUUUUUCCCCACUACCGUCAACAAUGAACCCUACAAAACGAUCCCGCCGCAGCGCGACAUCUGUCAUGGCUGGAGCCUUCCAGAUACGCCCAUCUCGCGACGUGCUGACUAGCCUGCUGAACGGCCUGGGGCCUUACACGCUUGAAGAAGAGGAAAAAUGGGAGAGCACGUCGAAACAGUCAGUGAAAAACAGUUUUUGGGUGGAGAAGGAUCCGGAGAGACGGAAGACGAAGCAUGGCCACUGGCAGAGGCUACCCGUCGCAUCGCCUGCGAAAAGCGCGACACCCGUAGCACACACACCGACGGUGGCUGUAUCACAACCUGUUCCUUCGACCUCCUACAGCCGUCCUGCCAUCCACAUUGCCACCAUGCAACGAUCCCUAUCAAUCACGCCGCCUCCAACAAUGUCGCCGCCCCCAUAUCCUUCGACGCCAGGAUCGACACCCGGGCCGUCUGAUUCGUCAAGUGUUUCCCGUACCUCUUCCAAGAGACCACAUACACCUGACGACGACGAAGACCUGCCUCAGAUGGUCCCUCCUAAACCUCCGCGGAAGAAGCGGGUCGCGGUAAAGAAGGGUUGGAAGGGCUGGGUCGAGGUUGACGAGUCGCGCGAACUGCCAGUAUCCGAUAAGCUCAUUAACCUUGACCGUCCACAAGCGUAUGCCGACAGACGGACGCGUAGUGGCAAGCAGUUUGACGGCAUCGUGGGUGAUGGUUGGGUGCACAUGCUUCAUUGACUGG